AUGCAUUAUUUAUACAGUGUUUUUAUUCUUAACGUGUUCUUGGCAAAUUGUGAAAAUGUGACUGAAAGAAAUAAAUACGAAAAUAUAAAUUAUGUAGCAGAAGCACUAGUUAAUUUAUUCGGAAUCGAUGAAGAUAAUGCACGAAUCAAAGAUUUAAAAGAUAAACUCACGAAGAUUGACAAAUAUGUAGUCGAUAAUGAUAAAUUAUCUGAAUUCUUAAUGAACGAAACAGCACACAAUGAUUUAAACGAAACUACAUUUUUUACUGCUUUAAAUUAUACUGAUCAUUUUAGAUUUCUAUCGGAACAUGAAUCGAAGAAUUUGUAUCUAAAAUUAAAAGAAAAUAUGAAUCGAGAUGAUAUUCUUAAUAUUUUAAAAGAACAUAAUAAAAACGGUGGCAUAUCUAAAUCUGGAAGAAAAAUGAUGAAAAGUAAUUUAUUUGGCAAAAUCGACGACGGCGAUGAAGUGAUUAAUGCUGUUGUCGAUAAAAUUAUAGCAGAAGUACCUUCAGAUAAACAUAAAUUUAAUUAUACAAAGGAAGACAAUAAAUACUGGGAUCCACAGAGUGAAUUAGAAGACCUAGAGCAGUUUCAUCGACACGAUGGUCGAAGAAUUUUUAAAGGAGAACGAACUACGAUCAGAUAUUACCCGUUCAUGGUGUCUGUUCAUGUUAUGGGUAGAUUUUGGUGCGGAGGUGUGAUUUAUUGGCACGAUCUCGUUCUAACUUCAGCUGCUUGCUUACAACUAAUGCACAACAAUAGGUUGUUUCGCGAGAAUCCAAGUGUGUUAAGAGUAAGAAUCGGCAGUAAUCACAGUAGAAUUGGAGGAGAAAUGAUCGAAGCUCUCGAGGUAUAUUUCCAUCCAGGCUAUAAUCCACGCACCCUCAAUAACAACAUUGCUAUCAUCAGACUUCGGCGCCACCUGUUUUUCACCUAUCACCGCAUCCCAAAGAUCAUUAACAUCUCAUAUAAUGGUGAUGGCCUUGCUCCGACUUCUGAAGUCCUGGUACUCGGAUGGGGCGUUAGUAAGAUGUCGCAAAUGUUAGCGUACGAACCAAUAUUCCUGAAUAGAAAAUUUCUUCCGAUCUAUCCGAAUGUAUUUUGUAAGGAAAUUUAUGGAGACAAAUUCAUUUCGAAAACUAUGUUCUGCGCCGGGACCUUCACCACUGGAGAAGGAGCUUGUGAUCAUGACGCUGGUGGUCCAGCGGUGAUGGCUGGUAAGCUUGUUGGGAUCAUAUCGUUCGGACCAUCAGUAUGCGGGUAUCCGAAUGCACCAACGGUGUUCACACUCGUCGGUGCCUACGCCGACUGGAUUGAAACUGUGAAUGAAACUAUGCCGGGAUACUACCGGGGUAGAAAACGGACAACAACGGUAAGCCCUUUUAGAUACUAUUCUGACUUCAAGCCAAAGAAGAUCUUACCAGAAUUACCGGAUUUCAAGAUAUUUGAAACUCCAACUCCCGCUGAAGAGAGAACAACAACAACAGCAUCUGCAUUGAGGAAGAGGAAAAAGUUGAAGAGAGCUGACUCUGAUGUCGAUGGCUUUAGUAUUGAUUUAAAAUAA